UAUUGAUUACAUCAACGACAUUUUCAUUGAUUUUCCCAAACAAUGUUCCUUGCUUCGCUUGUAAUCUACAUUCAUUUUUCGUUUUUUUAACUUAUAUUUUCUUUUCACCUCAGAUCUUUCUCUGGAUCGACCACUGGUGUCUGACCGCCGACCUCUGUUCUUGGUUCCAAAGAGACUGGAGAUAGUGUCGAAUGACAGAUUAUGACUGGAGCAUGAUACAAACUCCUAAGGAGCAACUUUUGAAUGAAGUUCCGAACUGAAAAGCCUGAGUUAGUGCCAUGCCAUUGAGGAAAUGGGAUUCAUUUUAGAGUUGAAAAAGAUCAGUUCAAAGCAACAAAGCAGCUCAAAGACAACUAGGGAGGAUAAGUUGAAAUCCAAGAAUGGUGUUGGUUCUACCAUAUCUAGUGAUCUCAAUUACAAAGCACAGCAGGUUGCAGAUAGGAAGAGUCACGACCAUGAGAGUGUGAAGAGAAAUGCAGGGAGGAAGGAUGAGCUAGUCAAGCACAUGACAAAUUUACCAGGUUAUCUCCGGCGCAAUGAUGGAGGAGAAAACGUUCAAGGAAAGGCUUUAAAUGUUGGAGUUCUAGAUUGGACGCGGCUUGAAAAAUGGAAGCACAAAAAUAUGAAUAUCCCGGCAUUUGGUACCAAUUUCACAUCAUUCAGUGUCAGAGAAUCGCCCUCAAGAAUGGCUCCUAAAUCAUCUGUAAGUGCUGGUCGUAAUGGCAAACUUGCUAAUCAACGGGGUUUCCUAUCUCUGGGUAUUAAGGCAUCUUAUAAUGAAGUCUUUCCGGAAAAUUCCAAACAAUCAUUUCAGUAUGUCAAACAAUCUCACUGCUCUAAAGCUGAAGUUGAGAGCAUUAGAGAUGGGCAAAGAGUCACACCCUCAACAUUUGAGUCCUUCAGCACAAGUCACUUAGAGAUAUCGUUUGAAAAGAAGGGGAAACGCUCGGAUAAAAUAAGUUCACAAACGGGAAACGUUCAAUUGAACUUGCGACACCAAGGGACCUCUCAAAUUCCCAAUAGAAACAUGAAUCUUGGAGCUGACAAGAACUUGGAGCGAUUGCAAGAAUAUGGCCUCAAGAAUAAUGACAAAAUUCGUGAGUCUGCUCCUAGCUUGGGACUUGCAUCAUUAAAACCAAAAGGUGAAGGGCUCUCAUUCCAUCCUAAGAAAAAAAUGAGUGCUUGCAAUAGUGAAGUAAAGAAAGUGGUAGAGCAGUCUUCAGAGUCAGACAUCAAUAUGGGUCACACACCAUGCUGUAACAAGCCAAGUAAUAUUGGGCUUCCUCACCCACAAGAAAUUCUCCAAUCAUGUUAUCCUGUUCACCAACCAAGAAUGUCCUUUGAUGAGAACUUCAGAGAAUCAAGUCAAGGUAGACCGCCAAAUGUUUCCCUUAUUGAUGAUGUUUACUCUGAAUAUGUGAAUUCUGAAAUUCCACACUCAUGUCCAUUGCCCUCGGUGGUUGAGCGAGCGCCAAUAACAAAUCUCGUGCAACACAGAAGUAAUGUUGAUCAGAAUAGUAGUCAUUCUACAAUUGGGUCCAAGAAGACGUUUAACUUGAAAUCUGAAGGUGGACAAGGUGAAAAGAAUGCAUUAGAUGAUAAGCUCAUAAAUCAUUCUGUUUUUAAUAACUCAAAUAAAUCAGGGGAUCAAGAAAUCGCUGAGCAGACAGCUCAGAGAGGAAGGAAUCCAUCACCCAAUCGUCGGUUUAGCUUCAGCUUAGGACGGAUUGGAAGAAGUUUUAGUUUCAAAGAGGGGUCCUCUCUACCACAGUUUAGCUCCACAUAUGUCAGCGUAAAGUCUGGUCCGGUGACUUCUGAAUCUUCGGAUUGUUUGGAUAAUUCAAGGAAGGAGAAGGCGCGUAGUCAUAGCAGAACCAGGUCCGGCUCCCUGCGAAGGUUAUUAGACCCUAUAUUGAAGCAUAAGGCAACAGAGAUGCAGCAUUCGUCUGAAAGCAGUCCAAUAAUUAAAGGAACCUUGGAUCGAAUUAACUUCAAGACAAACAGUGUCAAGGAAUCAUUAUCUCAUGUUGAAAAGAGCGAGGGCUACUCAAUUCAAGCCCUUUUGCAUCUUACAAUGAAAAAUGGAAUCCCCAUAUUCAAAUUUGUGCUCAACAAUGAAAGAAAGAUUCUUGCUGCUACCCUAAAAAAAUCAGAUUUACCGGAGAAGGAUGAUUCAGGUUGUUGUUUUACAUUCUAUCUUGUUGAUGAAAUUAAGAAGACUGGUGGAUGGAUGAAUCACGGAAGCAAAGAUAAAAAUCGUCAUUAUGUCUCCAAUGUUGUUGGUCAGAUGAAGUCUUUCAGCAAUAAAUUCACUAAACCUGGCAAUAAGAGCUCUAAGACGCACUGUUUUGUCAAAGAAUUUGUUCUAUUGAGUGAUGAAAUCGGCCAGAAAGAUCAAAUAACACCUAAGUUCAUACCGAGUCAGGAGCUUGCAGCAGUUGUUGUUGAGAUCCCUUGUGGAAAUUUCAGCCAAGGAGCAGAAAAUGACAAUAAUUUUCUGAAGAAUGAGUGCCAAAAGUGCUUGGCAGAAGAUGGAUGCUUACGCAGCUCAGGAGAAAAUGAUGUCUCCAGUAGAACUACAGUCAUAUUGCCAGGUGGUAUACAUGGUUCACCAAACAAAGGAGAACCCUCUCCAUUGAUCUAUCGAUGGAAAACAGGAGGAUUGUGUGAUUGUGGGGGUUGGGACAUUGGUUGCAAACUGCUUGUCCUUUCCAACCACAAGGAGAGAUCAAUUAUCACAAGAAGUUCAAAAUCUCACCCAGAGCAUUUCCAACUUUUUGUUGAGGAAGGAGCAGAACAAAACAAACCCCUUUUCACUUUGAUGCCAUUGAAAGAUGGAUUCUCCAAGGUGGACUUCAGUUCAUCGAUCACUCAUUUGCAGGCAUUCUUCAUUUCAGUUUCUGUUCUAACUUGCCAGAAAGAAAUUGCCCUAGCAAUGAAUAAGAUGCAUGAAGCCUCUACAAGGAACAAUGAUGGACUCCUAGAGAAAGAACCUAUAAAGUAUACCCCUAUCCCACCACUAUCCCCUGUAGGCAGAGUCUAGAUUUAGAUACUGAGUUUUUCUUUUUUUAAGAAUAUAGUUUGCUGGUGAAGAGCUCCCAGUUCUUCCUCAAUAUUUUCUCUUCAUACAUGAAAUCUGGUGAAGUCCUCUUUCACCGAAGUUGUGAAGUUAAGUAGAUCCUAGUAUGCUCUUUGUGCUCUCGUAUGCACUCUGUUACAACAAUUGCGAUAGCAUUACGGAUACUUUGUACAUAACAACAUGGUUAAGUAAAUUAAUACCAAUAUAUCUAUGUAUAUUAUGAAGUCUAUGGGAA